GCAUCGAGUACGGUCACGAGAUCGUUGCGUUGGCGAAUUUGUUACCGGUUGAUGAUUCAGUCGAUGAAUUGGACAGCUAUAUGUAUCAAACUUUAGGAAUGUAAGCAAUUCGAAAAAGUCUCCUUUCCUCAUGAUAAUGUAUUAGCUUGGGCAUUGGAGGGGUUUUCGAUUUCCUACAUCUUAUGUACCUUUUUUUUUGCUUAAAGUAAACUGGAACUGGAAAUUUGUAUAUGUCUUGAAUCUGCGUUCAUGUUCGAGAAAGGGCUUGAAUAGAAGCUGGUUUAUUAGCUUGUCUUGGUCCUUUGUGUGAUGGUAAUUACCAGUAAGCACUUGUUGGAAUUUUCUAGUACUUGAGAUGGCUUGAGUUACAUUUGUGAGCUAUCAUCCCAAAACUUGUAAUCAUAUGUCUGGUCGCUGGCUCUUGAUUAAAAAAGGACCAAUCCAGUUCGUAUCCCCAUCUAGUGGGGGUACUGGGGAAGGGAAUAUACUAGGCAGCCUUACCCCUACAUUUAUGUAGAGAGGCUGAUUCGAACCCGCAACCUCAGACCUCACGGUAAAUGGUUUUACCGCCGAGCUAGGUCGGCCCUUCUCGCUGGCUCUUGAUUCAUGAGAUAAAAUCAACUGUUGUCUGAAGGAAAAAACAAAACAGGUAGGUCAUCAGAUAAUUGUGAGUUAUGCAGAAUGCAUGGGAGUGCCCUUGUUCAGACGGAGAAUCCGAGGAUCCACCAGGCAUCACAAACUUAAUUAUCAACUGACCCCAAACGAUGAAGUGGAAGAUAUGUUUGUGUUGUUGAAAGAAGUCAAAAGACAGAUCCCUUCCAUCACAGCGGUGUCAUCUGGUGCAAUUGCAUCGGACUAUCAAAGGCUGAGGGUAGAAAGUGUUUGUUCAAGGUUAGGGCUUGUUUCUUUGGCAUUUUUGUGGAAACAAGAUCAGACUUUGCUUCUCCGAGAAAUGAUAACAAAUGAGAUAAACGCUAUCUUAGUCAAGGUGGCAGCCAUAGGUUUAGACCCAGCCAAGCAUUUAGGAAAGGAUAUAUCAUACAUGGAACCAUAUCUUCUGAAGUUAAAAGAAUUAUAUGGCAUAAAUGUCUGUGGGGAAGGAGGGGAGUAUGAAACCCUGACACUUGAUUGUCCGCUUUUCACUAAAGCAAGAAUUGUGCUCGAUGAAUUUCAAGUUGUACUACACUCUCCAGAUUCCAUAGCCCCUGUGGGAGUACUUCAUCCCUCAAAAUUUCAUUUGGAGAAGAAAGAGACAUCGGUAUCUAAUUCCCCUGAGCACAAAUCGGAUGUAGUGUUUGAGGUACAAGAAGAAUUCUGCCCUUGCAUAUCGGAAACUACACACCAACCUGAUAAUGGAAUAAGCGAUUUGGUUGAGCGUACUAGAGAUAGACUCCGUAUUUCAAAGUCUGAAAAGGACAACACAUUGUCCAUUUGCUGCUGGUUGGAAGAUUUGUCUGAAUCUUUAUCAGGCCUGCAAGAAGAUCUAGAGACUGUUCUUGAGGAAAUUGAGUCUCAGCUUUUGAAAUGUUGUCUAGAUUGGAAGCAUGUCUUGUACAUCCAUCUAUAUAUUUCUGAUAUGGGCCAGUUUUCAGUAGCGAAUGAGACAUACGUGAAGUUUAUCACCCAGGAGAAGUGCCUUUUCGGUGUUCCCUCUCGUAGUACAGUUGAACUUCCUUUAAUACAAGCAGGUCUUGGAAAAGCAUACGUUGAGGUUUUAGUUGGAAAUGACCAAAGCAAAAAAGUUCUCCAUGUACAGAGUAUUUCUUGUUGGGCGCCUAGCUGUAUCGGGCCAUAUAGUCAGGCCACUUUGCACAAGGGUGUCCUUCACAUGGCUGGGCAAUUAGGGCUUGACCCUCCGACGAUGACUCUUUGCAAGGAAGGUGCCAUGGCUGAACUGAAGCAAGCUUUGAUAAACAGCGAAGCAAUAGCAGAGACCUUCAACUGCUCAAUAUCUUCUUCGGCCAUUUCCUUUGUCGUGUUCUGUUCAGCACGUGUGACACAAUCUGAAAGGCUUGAGCUUCAUAACAAGUUUGUCGCUUUCUUGGAUCAAGGAAGAUCGGCCCGUCAAGUCCGUGGGAAGAUGCCUGAUGUUCUUGAUCCUAUCUUCCUUUAUGUCCUUAUCCCAGAUCUGCCCAAAAGGGCUCUUGUUGAAAUAAAACCUGUCCUAUAUGUAGAAGAAGAUACGGAGCUAGGAGAAGAAACCAGACAAGAUCAAUCCUGUGAAGCUGAAGGCAGUUAUUGGGGAUAUAAACCAGAGAAGUGGCAUGAUGAUUGCUUACAGAAACAGAUUGUCGAUGGAAAAAUAUGUGCCGCCAUUGUGUCCAUCUCAACCGAGCUAGCGAAGAAAAUCCAUCCGCUGCCUCAGAGAGCUGAUGAUGAAGAACACAUGGAGAGCAUAUCAAGAUUCUGCUUGUAUCUUCUGAACAAAACCCUGCUGGAAAAUUCCUUCUCUUGGCAAGACACAAUGAGCUUAAGAGUAUACUUCUCGACAAGCCUCGGCUUAUCUGCAAAAACGCUAUCUGGCAUAUUCACCAGUGGAUUCAGACAGCUGGCUGAGAUGGGUCAAGGGCAAGUCGCUGGACUCAAGAAAGAACCUGUCUUCAAUCUUGUCCCUGUCCUCGGUUCCGGUAAUUCCUCUGCUUCAGUUGACAACUUCAUCUCAUGUGAACUAUUCGCUCAGAGAUGGUGAGUUUUCUUGCUCCACAAGCAAACUCUGCCCCUUCCAAUUAUCUGUAGUCUUCACAAAGGAGGAAACUGCCGCUGAACAGUUUGGAGUGUAAGAGCCGUUUCGUUUUCGUUGAUUAAAACAACUCGUAGUUGUUUUGUGUAAAAUGGAAACGGCACCGAUGCUUCUACUCUUGUGGUUCAAUUUUCAUUGUUACUUUAAAUCCAAUUGCGAAAUUCAGAAACUGUAUUUCCUU